CAUUCAGAGAGUCAGUGCAAAAUCGUUUCCCAAGGUUUUUCUUGAUAUUUUUAUUUGUGAUUUUCUAUCGUGUGCUUUGUUUGUGUUGCGUUGGUGUGGCUGAUUCAAGGGGCAAUCCUGCUCGCAACUACUUGUAACUCCCCUUGAUCCUCCAGCGACUUUGGCCGGGAUGCCGCUCAUCGAAGUGGGCUCCGCCGCUUCGGGAGUUUAUCCGGAAAAUGGCACCAAACAGCUGCACACCAAAUCCACACAGAGCCUGGCCAAGCCGGAGCCCAGCUUUAAUACCGAACCGGCGGCAGUGGGACCCCUGCUUUCGCUGUUCAACUUGCAGGGCCAAAAGUGGCAGCAGGUCUUUGACUUGGACAAGGUCAUCAAACAGCUACGAACGGCGGAGAAGACAUAUUUGCGGGGUGGAAAGAAUUCCAGCACUGCUGCUGCAGCCGCCUCCGGCGCCGGCGGAGAUCAGCACCAGCAGCAGCAGCAGGCCAAGGUGCAGGUGCAGCGCCUGCAGUCGGCGGAUAUGGCGUAUUAUGACUUGGUGCCAAAGCUUGCCUCGCGGGAUAUAGUGUUAUGCGGAUCCUGUUCGGGCAGUUACACGAAAGCAGGGUUCCAGCAUCACAUCGCGCUGCAGCAUCCAAACGUUUGGGAUGCCACAUCCAGCAAGGUCGUUAGCCCCAAUGGGAAUCAUACCAUUGCCAGCGGCGGCGGCGACGCGCGUCUCACUGCCACGGAGAGUCACAACAGCCAGGAGGCUGGCGGAGGAGGAGGCGGCGGCCUUGUGCCCCAUUCGCCCACGGACACGCUAUUGUCCGCCUCAACCUUGUCCAGCUGCUCCAAUGGAUCUAGCAGCUCGGCCUCUCUUCAGCAUCCAGCUGGGACCUCAUCGUCCUCGUCCUCGUCGUCGCGUCACAAGAGCAGCAGCAGCAAGAGUAGCAGUUCCUCCUCAUCAAAGGGUAGCAGCAGCGGCGGCACCUCCUCUUCCUCGGGCGGCGGCGGUAGUCGGUCGCGCUCCAAGUCAUCGAAAAAUCGCCACCACUCGUCGCCGGCACCAGCGCCAACGGAGCACAAGGAGUCCAAGGGAUCGAAAAAAAGUGGUGGCAGCAGCAGCAGUGCCAUAGCAGCUCCGCCAAUCGUCACCGCUGUCAAGGAGGAAUCUCCAGCUGCAAUUAUUGCUCCUGCCAUCACAGUCUUCUCCUCGUCCAGCAACUCAUCCUGCAGUUUACCGCCUACGCCCGCCGCCGCUGCUGCCAGCGAUGUGGCGGCGGGAUUAGGGGUCAAUAGCUACUCACCUGCGGAGGCGGAAAAGCUGCCAGAGUUGCAGUCAAGAAAAAAGCUCAAGGGCUCCAGCGACCAUCGAACAAAAGCGGAGAAGGAGAAAAAUAAAGAUAAACCAAUGGUAAAUCCUUACGAGCAACAGCAGGUGCUCAGCGAGCUAGACCAGGCGGUGUCCUCCAUCGUCACGGGAACUAUAGUCGAGCAGCAGCAGGUGGCACCGAAUGACGAGGAAGAACUGCCUCUGCCCAACACUUCCGACGAUAACUCCAUUUCCCAGACCCUUGACGAGAUGCUGGACAGCAAGCUAAUCAAUGAGAUCCUUAACAACUUUGAUGAGAGCGCUCUGGACACUUCUCAACAGCAGCAGCAGCCGUCGCAAAACGGAAAUUCACUCUUACAUCCCGCACAGGCCACCAAAAGGCUCCGUUUUGAGGACGGCGACACCGGCGAAGGCUAUGCGACCUAUCCGCAAGUCUAUGCGGCAGCGGUGGAGGAGGAAGACCAGCAGCAGGAACUGACUACGAUUGAUGCGAUGCAGCUUCAGCAGCUGAUAUACCAGCAGCAACAAAUGCUAGAGCAGCAGCAACAACAAGAACAGCAGCAGCAGCAACAACAACAGGAUCAGAAACUGCUGCAGGAUCAGGAGCAGCAACGCCAGUUCAGCGUUUACAAUGUGCAAUCGCUGACAGAUGAGGCGGUGGCUAAUCCACAGCAGCAGCUGGAAGAGCACAUGAUCCUCCCCAGCAUUAUAUACGAGAUCAGCGACUCGAAUCCCGUUUCGAUGCUGGAACAGCAAAAGGUCAUAGCCGAAUUCUUAACACAAGCCGGCUACGAGAAUGUGGAUGUGAAUGUGCUAGCCCAAGCGGGAACCGGAAUGGAGGCGGCCACCAACCACAACCAUUUGGCGGACGAGCUGAGCGACUUUGAUUUCAGCAAACUGGAGACUGUUAGCGACACCGUUAAGACUGUUAAGCUGGAAGCCACCGGCCCCAGCCAGGCGCCAGCCAGCACGACAAAUCCUCCUCAGGUCAACCAUCAUCAUUCAUCGCUGGAGGACAGCUUCUUUAAUGUUAUGCUGUACUCAGGUUCACCGCGCCCCCUUGCGUUGAAUACCUUUGGCAUGGUCAAGUUGCCCCAGGGUCUGGGCGUAACCUUCCGCAAGAAUCUGCUGACCACACGCAAGGCCAAUAACAGUUUGCUUUCUCUGACGGGUGGUAGUCAUCUCGGAGUAGUUGGACAGCUGGCAAGACCACCACCGCCGCCGCCGCCGCACACGUCCUCGCCAGCGCCAGCACUGAGCAAUGGCUUGCCAGCCAAGAACACUUCGGCUGGAAGGACCAUCUAUGCCCAGAGAUCGAGCGUGAUUGCACAGGAUCGGUUGAGAUGCAAUAAGAGGGCGCUGCUUGCACCAGUAGGUAAAAUCGGAGGAGGAGGCGGAGCGGGACCCAUGACGCCCAAGCGCCUAAAUGAGCUUCUAAUGGGUAAGCAGGUGAAGAAGGAAGCGGCAGAGAAGGAAUGCGAGGAGGCUGAUCAACAAGAGGAGGACAACAAGCAGCUCACCCACAGUUUCUACGAGAAACGUCGCCGCCUGUUGGUCGCUGGAAAGCAAGAGCAGCUCCGCCCCAGCUACAAGAUUCUCCCGCUGCAGAGCAACCACAAUGCCAGCCAAAGUCAUAGCCACUCGCCACAGCAACAUCUUCUGAAGAAGCAGCUCCUGCGCACUCUCUCCGAUGGCAGCAGCAACAUGAACAUCAACAACACUCCCAGCGCCAACAGCAGCAAUCUCCCCUGGAAGGGCAACAGCUCCAGCUCCAAUCCGGGGGGCAACAACUCCAACUCCACUCCAACCAGCAGCGACUUAAUGCGCGUCUUCGUUGGAUCUUAGUCCCCGAGACUCGCUGACACGCAUCCCCAAUUAAAUAUAUAUACGAUCGAUUAUUA